CAGCACUCGGCAGUCGCUGGGCAGUACCAGCAGAACCGACAGAAGCAGGUUACUAUGGUUCUCGUCAAGGAAUACCGAGUGGUCUUGCCCUGUAGCAUUGAGGAGUAUCAAGUCGGUCAGCUCUUUUCUGUGGCGGAAGCAAGUAAAAAUGAAACUGGUGGUGGUGAAGGUAUAGAAGUGCUCAAGAAUGAACCAUAUGAGAAAGAUGGAGAGAGAGGACAAUAUACACACAAAAUUUACCAUCUAAACAGUAAAGUCCCAGGUUUUGUCAGGCUCAUAGCUCCUGAAGGCUCCUUGGUAUUCCAUGAAAAAGCUUGGAAUGCCUACCCCUACUGCAGAACUGUUGUGACGAAUGAAUAUAUGAAAGACAGUUUCUUCAUUAAGAUUGAGACCUGGCACAAACCGGACAUGGGAACACAAGAAAAUGUGCAUAAACUCGAACCCUCAAUAUGGCAGAAUGUUGCUGUUGUGCCCAUUGACAUUGCAGACACAAGUCAAGUGUCUGCUGCUGACUACAAGCCUGAUGAAGAUCCAGCCAAGUUCAAGUCUGUGAAAACAGGCAGAGGACAUCUGGAGCCAAACUGGCAGCAAGAACUGGCGAGAACAACUGACUGCCCAAAGAUGUGUGCCUACAAACUAGUCACAGUCAAGUUUAAGUGGUGGGGGCUUCAAACCAAAGUGGAGAACUUCAUCCAUGAGCAAGAGAAACGGAUCUUCACGAACUUCCAUCGCCAGCUCUUCUGUUGGAUUGAUAAGUGGGUGGACCUGAACAUGGACGAUAUCCGUCGAAUGGAGGUGGAGACUCAAAAGGAGCUCGAAGAGCUUCGCAAAAAGGGUGACGUACGAGGAACCAGCGCUGCAGACCACUGAAAAACAACCGGAUUAAAAAUGGCCACCAUGUGUGAUGCUGUCUGCUAAGAAUGCUCUUUUGUUUGCCACUUUUUAUCUUAACUGAUUUUGGCUGUGGAGGAAGGAGCACAGCUACCUGCAAUCAAUAGUGCAGAUCCCCUGACUUGACCCCAAUCAUAGACGUUCUGUCCAGUGAGGAUUGUUUUUUUUUUCUUCCAGAGACCAACAUGAUCUUUCCUGAUGGCACUCUGGUAAAAAAAUUUUAUCAUCAUCAUCAUGUAAACGAGACUUUUAAAAAAUGAGAGAAGGUAUGUGUUAUAUAGAAUAAUACAAAUGCAAAUUACUAAUCUGGGUACCACAGUAAAAGGACCAAAUCUUUCCUUAUAUAAAUUUUUCACAUUCCUGCAGAAGCGAUGUCAUGUGUGACCCUGUGCUGUCUUACCUGAAAGCUCCCUGUUCGUCAAACUCAUGUUCCUUCCUGCCACAGCCUCCAUUAAGUGAUUACUAACACCCUUGGCUCUCAUGCCCAACUCCCCCUCCUCUGCCCCCACCCCACCUUAACUGAAGCACUGCAUCUUUUUAUCACUGACAAUCAUGCCUGUGCAAGUGUUCACUGUCUCUCCUGUUCAGACUUGGUGGAAAAAACACACACGCACUCAUCAGAACCUGAGGAUGAACGUGUGAAUUCACUCUUAAGGUGUGUGAACAGGCACAGGUGUGGAUACCUUUGCACUGACUUAUCUGUUACAAGCCAAAGCUGGGCAGAUCCACACAGGCUCGUUCACCUAAAGGAUGUUGGCGGCUUCCUGCAGCCCCUCCUCUUCCCACACCUAACCCGUCCUCGCUGUUCUGAAGACAUUCGUACAUAACGCGGUGCAGCGUUCACCUCCUUAACAGAUGUCUCUAGAGGGGAAAAAAGUGCACUGAAAAGCAGCCGCAGAUGGUGCUACACCCCUCCAGCCAAACUUUGCUGCGUUGAACCAGCCCACCUCCAAAGGCCAGCCAUGCUCAUCUGGUUUUCUAAGGAGAGAUUUUUUUUUUAACCACACUUUCUUCUCCGGCUUCAAUCCGGUCAUGUUUACAGGUUCACGGUUGCUGCAUUAGUGCCCAGUCGACACCAGCACCACGCAGCGCUCGCCUAAACCUUUUCUAUAUUUUACACCUCUCACAGCUCUGCCAGCUAGCGCCAGCUACCUCCCUCUUCUCUAACUGGCAGCUUUCCUGAUGCCCAAGGAUUACCAUUAGCCAUGAGCUGCUGCUGCUGCUUCCUGGGAGUAAAUCUUAGUAGAUAGAGCUUUUAUGAGUGACAGUAUUUGUGAUUAAUCUCUACUCCUGCAUGUUUGCGUGCCGUUGCAGCUAAGCAACUGCAGUGCCUUCGACAUGCUAAAAGAAAGAAGAAAAAAAAAAGCAACCUCUGUACUUUGUUACACCAAAUGCAGCAGAUUUACACAUCAAUGUUGAACUGAUUUGCCAUCUGAUUAAUGUUCAUCAUCAUGUUUUCUCUUUAAAACAUGUGGAAUAAGCCCACUUUUGUUGUUACACACAUAAAAUAUACUUGGUUUACUCAUUUCAUCCUUUCGGUGUUUUAUGUUGUAGUUGUAUGUUACAGUCUUAAAUUAUAACUUUUCAAAACUAUUCUUUAUUUCUUAAAAUAUAAAUAACAGCCUAUAAUUGUGUAUCAAGUUUUUUUGGGUUUUUUUGUCUGACAAUGUUACAUCAAGUUCAUUUUGUCCAAAGAGUAAAAGUGCAAAUUUGUCAUGUUUACAUGUUCUCCAAUCAUUAUAGGAAACUUAAAGUCAAUAACAAUCUGUGUAAUAAAAUAAAAUUUUCUCAGGUGCAUGAAAUGACUUGGAGCCUUAAGACGAUGUUUCUCUCACUUCCAAAUAUAAGAUGAUCCUGAUACUGCUACCAUCUCAAAAAAAUAUAUAUAAAUAAAUAUAUAAAAUAGGAGGAUGUGUAGGCUGUACCUAUCGUUUCCAACUAAAUCAGAAUGGUUUCUGACAGAGUCCCAUAAAUGUAUGGGCUGUCGAGAUGACAUAAGAACAUAGAUGAAGGAACUGUAUCUCAUGAUGUGUGAAAUCCACAACAAUCACAGGCUUUUAAACCGUUUUAUUCAGAUUGUGAAAAUCAGGGGUGAAUGUAUGAACUAUCGUGCCUUUUUCUUCUCUAGAAAUCUUGUGUAUUAGAUAUGCAUAUUGUAUCCAGUUAUCAAUAAAUUCUGUUUCUAAAUUA